AUGUUGUUGUCUCGUCGUGCCUGUUACAAGUGUGGCAACAUCGGCCAUUACGCUGAGGUGUGCUCGUCUGCUGAGCGACUUUGCUAUAACUGUACGUAUCGUUGCCACGAGUCCAAUGCCUGCCCCCGACCUCGUACUACUGAGACCAAGCAGUGCUACCACUGUCAAGGAUUAGGCCAUGUCCAGGCUGACUGCCCUACUCUUCGCUUGAAUGGCGGCGCUAAUGGCGGCCGCUGCUAUGGCUGCGGUCAACCCGGUCACUUGGCUCGAAACUGCCCCACUCCCAACAUCCAGACUGGUGCUGGUCGCGGCAGCGGUGCUCCCCGCGGAAACUUUGGUGGAUCACUCCGCGGCGGUUUUGGAGGAUAUCCCAGAGCUGCUACUUGCUACAAGUGCGGAGGCCCUAACCACUUCGCCCGGGAUUGCCAGGCUCAGGCCAUGAAGUGCUACGCAUGCGGCAAACUGGGCCACAUUUCUCGCGACUGCACUGCACCAAACGGGGGUCCCUUGAGCUCUGCUGGAAAGGUGUGCUACAAGUGCUCUCAAGCCGGCCAUAUCUCUCGCGAUUGCCCAACCAACGAAAACAAGCCUCAACCCUCUGCUGAUAAGGCCACACCCGUCGCUGCCGCUGCUACCACCACAACCCCCGCCGCCCCAGGUGCAACAUCUACUGCCGUCGCUACUUCUCCGGUUGCUGCUCCUGCUGCUCCUGCUGCUCCCGCCGCGGCUAUCGACGGCUCUGCGGAUGUCGUUGCUGCUGCUCCUUCGGCUGCCGCUACCACUACCGCUGCAGCUUAA